GAGACAGGCUGGUGUCAUUUUCUGCUGGUAUCAGCUGUAACUACUAUUUACAGAACAAAGAAACCCUAACAUUCCUACUUCCUCUUUUCAAACUACAAAUCAACCAGUUUCUAGUCUCCUCGUUUACAACAGCUUCAGGUUUAUAACUGUUGUAGUAAAGAGCCACAGAGAGGCAAUUUGUCCGUCUAUUGUUUUUGUAAGACGAGUGAAUUAAAAACCAGCAACCAGAAGGGCUGACUCCAACUCAAGGAUGCUCUGUGAAGGCAGAUUGUUGAGCAUGGCCUUUGAUGAAGAACUAAACGACUUUGGUCAUCAAAAGACUUUACAGAGCAACUAUGGACUCCAGACACCUGCUGUCCCGCUCACGUCAGUCUCCGCUGGACAAGGGCUCACCAUUCAUCGUACUUCCCCUGAGCAGAUCGGCAGCCAGGACAACAGGAGAGCAUCACAGGUGUGUGCUUCUCACCUUGAGGUGUUUCCCUCCAGAUCUCAUCCAACCAGCAGACAGAUCUCUCCAGAAAUAGAGAUCCCAGCUCAGGGUGGCUCUGCUGGAGGAGACGUUCCUUUCUUGGUUCCCUCUUUUUGUCAGAGCAUCUGUAAAAAUUACAGUGACCUCCACAUUGGAGGAGACCAGGUUCUUCCUCUAUCAGCCAAUGAUGCUGAGCUGAGGAUCACCACUGAGGCCCAACCUGCUGGUCCCUUCCUCCAGUCCUGUGAUGUUCCCUCAGAUGUGGACGACUCUCUCUUGGAGCGAACGUCCCAUGAUGCCCUUCUGAACCAACUGAGAGGGAGCUCUAGUCGUUUGAGACAAGGCAGCACCCGUGACCGGAGUUUUUUAUUCCAGGGCAGAGAGGGUCCGUUCUCCAACUCCCUUCUCAACCACUAUCUGGAGCAGAAGCUCUUGGAUCUGUACCAGCAGUACAUGAUGGAAAACAUGGCUAGAGAACAUUCAGAUCAAGGCCCUAUUUGUCCUCUGCUGGGGUCAGAGGUGGUUCUUACCAGUGUGGACCAGAUCACCAUGAAGCUGAGUCGGGAGGGAAAUCUGGAGGCCGGUUUGACCAAGGACAUGGUCCUCAGUUGUCUUCUGCGGGUUGCAGGAGACGUGCAGUCCAGUGAGAUCAGCACUCCAUUUCUGCAGAUUUCAAAUGAGUCAUGCAUGGAACAGCUCCCGCAGAGAAAGGAGGAGUAACUCCUCACUCAUGAAUCAAAUCAUCUGUUCCUUCUUUGACUUCAGCACCACAGAUAAGAAGUGAUGAGUGCUGUGCUCUAAUUAUCUGUUGUUUUUCCCCCUCAAGGACAUUCAAGACAGAAACUAAGAACUGCAACUUUCUCCCGUUUUCAAAGCACAUUCACUUCUCACAGACAUCUUUCAAAACACUGUUGUCUGGGUCGAGGCCUGGAAGUUUUAUAUAUGUGAUUAUUAUUUGACUGCUGCUGUAAAAUAUCUCUUUGUUGUUCGGUGCAGGUGAACUUUGUCAUUUAUAUUCAGAAAUAUAAAGACUGAGUUAAAAAUGUAUUUCAGUAGAAUAAAGUUCUUCUGCGAGUUUAAAUUCCUCUUUUCAUUCAGAUUGUUUGACCUUCACUGUCUUGAAUGAUGGAAGUGUGGAGUUUGACACCAGGUUUUUUUUUAUUUAUUUCCCACAUAUUUCUUCUCUUUCUGCUCACCUUAAAUACAAAGUUCACUCGUGUAAGUACAGUACCUACGCCGGCACCCUGGAAAUCACAGGGUUUCAUUCAGAGCAGGGCUUUCAUUAAAGGAGACGCCGGCUUGUAUCCAGCAGUUAACCUCCAGAACUGAAGAUAAAGACCUGGAGGAAAUUCAAAGGCUGUGAAGUCAAUUCAAGUCAAGUCAGUUAAUUUUGGAUUUUUAACGGCUGCUUCUGUUGGCUACUGGGUGCAAAAUUGAAUUGGCUGAUUUCAACGUUGUGGUAUCACGCAACAGAAACCAUCUAACAACAAUUAGGUAACACAAAACGUAAAAUUCUUAAUUUAAAAUAUUCCAGCUUAUAGGAUUUAUCAACUGAGGGACAGCUGGGAGAUAGUGUUUGAAAGAGAGGAGAUGGUCAGAGGCACAAAAGUGGUGGGCUCUCACGGUCAUGAAAACAGGCAGGUCAAAACAGAGGCUAAAAGAAAGACAGCUAUGGUACAGAAUCACCAGACUAGGAUCAAAAGUCAAACCAGUGGCAAGGUCUGCUCAGGGGGAAGUCACUGGGGAAACACGGGAGAAAAGGUUCAUUCUAACAAAGCACAGCUUACAAACUGGCAAUACAAAAAGAAGAAGUGAGGUGUAUAUUUACAGACAGCACCUGGAAAUAUACACCUGGAAGACAAAUACUGGGUGGGACACGUGAAAACUAAAUAGAGCAAUACAACUAAAAGUAGAAGUGAAACUAAAGAAAAAAAAACCUCAAUCCUGUUGCUAUGAACCAGGAGGACGAUCAUAUUCCAAAAGGAAUGCUAAUCCACAUCCUGAAGUGUGUGCGUAGACAAGCUCAGAAUAUAGAUGUUCAUGUUUCUAAUUUUUAAAGGUAUGUGGAAAUCUACACUUGUACUGACUAAAUGGCUGGCUCUAAGGCAACUUCAGACAUCUUUAUUCCAUCCAUCCAUAUUUUAAUUGUAGGAUUUGACCCCGUCCCCCAAAAGUCAAACAAUAAUAAAAUCAUUCUUCUCAGAUAUAUGUGAUGUAUUGAUGAUGGUGCCUGCAGUUCAAUAAAUAGUCACAAGGGGGAAGCAACUUCCCCUUAACGUUAACCCUGACGACUUUGACGUGAAUCUUCUGCACCUCUUGUCUUCUCCUUCUCCCCCUCCUCCUUCCACUCACCAUCUGUCCCUUUCAGCUAAUACUUCAUAUCACCUGUGUCCUGCUGCUAUUAAUCUAUGAUGUCAUUAAGACGUGCUGUAAAUCUGUCGCUCGUAGGCUCUAGAGAACCAGUCAUGAAUAUGACUUUGUUCUUGUGAUAGUGUUUCCUCAGCUUUAGUAAACAGAUUUCAAAGUUGUGAUAGUGCUAUCAACUCAGGACGAUGUAUUCUACUGGAGUAUUCACAUCAUACAUGAGCCACAGGCACAGACAAGCUGUGAAUGAUUGAACUUGCUCACUGGCAGGGACUUGUUAUUUUUCUAGAUUUCCUCUUGUUUAUAAGUGCAUCAAAAGUCCCUCAUCUCCAUUCCAACUCAACGGAGCCGUGGCCUUCUGUUUGAUCAGGUCUCUCGCACUUCCUGUCCACUCAGAGACGCAAAAAACUUGUUUACUGAGAUUGAAGCCCUGUAAAUUCUUCAAGGCCAUUGAGACACAUGUUUGGUAUUUCUGCCUCUGUCAGAUUUUCAGAGUCCAGGUACAUGUCAAAGAAACUUGGUCCUUCAGACAUAAAUAAAAACACACACACACAGACUCAUAUAUAAAUAUCAUUAGCACAAUGCCAAGUUGUGGGAGUGUAUUCAAACCCAACUAGCCACAGACCUUGGAAAAAAAAAACAGAAGAAAAACAGACCUCCUUUUUUAGUACUAUGCAAAGGUCUAAAGAAAAAAACUUUACAUCAUGAAAAAUGUAAAAAGAAAUGAAAUGAAACUAAAAGUUUGGAAUUCAUUUUAAAAAACUAAAAGCAAAAACACUAAUUGUUAACUAUUUAGCUGCUAAGCACCUACAUAAGAACAAAACUUCAGAAAAUAAAGAGCUAUAAAGUUCACCUAGAAACAACUAAAAGCUGAGCAGGAAUAAGUACAAAAAACAACAAACCAAAAGUAAACUUACAUUAAAACAUAGUUACUCUUAAAUGCAACUGUCAAAUGAAGGCUAGCCCAGAGCCACCGGAAAAUCAGCAGGCUAGAUAACGAGCAAACCUUUAGCCAUGAUUGCAGCUAAUUUUAGCUCUGAACUGGCAAAAAGUUGUUACAUGUGAUCUAAAAUGUAUUAAAAAAAGAAAGGAUUAAUCACAAUUAGUAAACAUUUAAUAGAUAAAACAAAAAUGCUAGAGGUUAAAUGAAAAAUGUAACAUAAGACCGGUUUAAAAUAAUAUAUGUAUAUAUAAAAAUAAUAAUCUAAAAAUUGUUGACGUAAAAAGGAAGCAAGGUGGCCCCAAAAAGCCAAAAUAUUACUAAAAGUAUGAGUAGAAAAAACUGAAAGUUGGCCAUUACAAAAAUAUGUGAGCCACAUAUAUAUAAAUACCAUGAAAUGUUGCCCCAGGGGUAUGAAGUUAGUGGUCUAUUGUUUUCAAGUCAAUAAUUCUGUCUUUUGUGAAACACAAGGGAGACCGAUAUUAAACACCGAUGGACUAGUCGCCAAAUGAAAGCUGAGAACAAGCAGACUGCAGUGAUUUAGAAAAAGAAAAGAAAAAGAAAUAAAAAAACACUUUUCAUGGCCUAGCAAUAAAACUUACAGGGAGAUGGUGAAGUGUUGGAGUGUUUUUCCGAGGUUCAUAAAGUAAUUUCCUCAUCACAAAGGGCUUUUAACAUGGAGGGCGGCAGAAGCAAGGCCACAAGAUUUCAUAUCAAAGCCAAGGUCCCAGAUACAAUCUCACUAUUGUGGCUUUAAUGCUAUGUAGAACUCAGUGACUUGCCUUUCUUUAAAAAAUAAGCUUUUUGUACAUAACCUUGUUAAUUGGUACAGUCAUACUGUUUACUUAGAAUUUCUCUUUGCUUUGUGACCGUGGGAGUUAAUGCUCCCUAUCACAGCCUGUCAAGGCCUCUUCAGAGCCAAGAUCUUUUGAGCCCUUUCUGGCUUUGACAGACAUGUAAACAUACAGUGCCCACAUUUUUAGUCUGUCACUUUCAACCUAUGAACUCCUGUCUGAUGAGAUUCCAGUGAACAGUGAGUGAGUAAUAUGGACAUAAUGGAUUUCUUGGCAGUUUGUCCGCAUCGUAAAGGAGAGGUCAAACUGUUCACCACUCAUAGUGUUGGUUUUCAAGGUCACCAAGUACAACAAGAAGAAGAAAAACAAUACACAGUAUGUGGUCCCACACAUACAGCCAGUUACAAAAAAAACUUCUGAGGCAGACCUUAAAAAACUUCUUGCCAAGAAGCAUGCACAACACACACGUUUCACAGGAGAUCGCACUGUGAUAAACAUAUACCAAAUAAAAAGACCACUAUGACCUUUUUUUUAAAAAAAAAA